AUGUUACCCUUGGGUGAUAUCAUCAGGAAAUAUGGUGUUAGCUUUCACUGCUAUGCUGAUGAUACCCAGCUCUAUAUUUCUUCGCGGCCUGGCGAAACGUACCAAUUUGAAAAACUAAUGGAUUGUGUAGUUGAGUUAAAAAAUUGGAUGACAAGUAAUUUCUUACUGCUAAAUUCUGAAAAAACAGAGGUGUUAGUUAUUGGGCCUAAAACCUCAGCGUGUAAUAACCUAAAACACUGUCUAAUACUUGAUGGCUGCUCUGUCAAUUCUUCGUCAUCAGUUAGGAACCUAGGUGUGCUAUUUGAUGGUAAUCUUUCCUUUGAAAACCACAUCUCUAGUGUUUGCAAAACUGCAUUUUUCCAUCUCAAAAAUAUAUCUAAACUACGACCUAUGCUAUCAAUGUCAAAUGCUGAAACAUUAAUUCAUGCGUUUAUGACCUCACGGUUAGAUUAUUGUAAUGCUUUAUUGGGUGGUUGUUCUGCUCGCUUAAUAAACAAACUCCAGCUGGUCCAAAAUGCAGCAGCUAGAGUUCUUACUAGAACCAAAAAGUAUGAUCAUAUUAGCCCGGUUCUGUCUACACUGCACUGGCUCCCUAUUAAACAUCGUAUAGAUUUUAAAAUCUUGCUAAUUACUUAUAAAGCCCUGAAUGGUUUAGCUCCCCAGUACCUGAGUGAGCUCUUAUCGCAUUAUAGUCCCUCACGUCCGCUGCGUUCUCAAAACUCUGGCAAUUUGAUAAUACCGAGAAUAUCAAAAUCAACCGCGGGCGGCAGAUCUUUUUCUUAUUUAGCGCCCAAACUCUGGAACAAUCUACCCUACAAUGUUCGGGACGCAGACACACUCUGUCAGUUUAAAUCUAGAUUAAAGACCCAUCUCUUUAACCUUGCUUACACAUAACAAAUCCACAUUCUUAUAAUUCAAAUCCAUUAAAGGAUUGUUAGGCUGCACUAAUUAGGUCAACCGGAACCGGGAACACUUCCCAUAACACCCGAUGUACUCGGUGCAUCGUCAGAAGAAUGGCAUCUACGCUAAUAUUAGUCUGUUUCUCUCUUAUUCCGAGGUCACAUUAACCACCAGAUCCAGUCCGUAUCCAGAUCAUAUGGUCACUGCAGUCCCCCGGAUCCAGUCCGAACCCAGCCCAGACGGUGGAUCAGCACCUAGAGACGACCUCUACAGCCCUGAAUGUCAGCGGAGUCCACAUCAACUAGAUGAGCCCCAGAGACGGAUCCACAUUAAAGACCACAUCACCUAGACGGCUGUCGGCACAAGACCACGGGAACUUUGGCCAGAGGAGAACUGGCCCCCCGACUGAGCCUGGUUUCUCCCAAGGUUUUUUUCUCCAUUUGUCACCGAUGGAGUUUUGGUUCCUUGCCGCUGUCGCCUCUGGCUUGCUUAGUUGGGGACACUUUCUCUUAACACAAUAUUGCAUUUUACUUUAUUGUUUUUGAUUAACUACCUUUACCUAUAAUGUGAGUGUUUAAUGUUGCCUUUGGCAUUGUUGAUGUACUGUUUCCUAUUUAAUACUGUACAGCCGCCUUGUCACAAUUCUGUAUUGUUAAAGGCGGUAUAUAAAUAAAGGUGACUUGACUUGA